GAGCACCGCGCUGGCGCCACGGAGAAGGCGAGACGUUGGCACUCCCAGCUUCCUAGAGCGGCCGCCGAGAGGCGGGGCGGCGGCGCGCGUGCGCGACCUGGGCCGAGGGAGAGCUGGUCUCUGGGCCACGGGUUCUGGGCGGGUGGCGUGGCCGGAGGACUCGCUGUCGGGGACCUGGGGAGGUCAGUGUGCUUCCCAGGUGCCUGCCGUUUCCCAAGCUGGGAAGUCAGGAGACCAGGCAGCAGCAACUGUGCUUCGGAUGGUCAGGCCCCAGGGUUCUGCAGCGUACGAGUUCCUGUCUGUGGACUAUACCGAGAGGAAGUGGAAAGGUCCGGCACUCAGUCAGAGAGCCGUGUACCGGAGCCUCAUGCCGGAAAAUUAUCGCAGAGUGGCCUCAUUGGCAAAUGAGACUAGGAUGGAGUGUCCAGAUUUGCCUGCAAAGCAGGAAGUUUCUAAAGGACUGGGGUCAUCUGAUGGGACAUCAGGAGGCCUCUGUGGGAUGGUUUCUGGGGAACCAGAAGCACGAACUGCCUGUGAAGGUGCUUUAGAGAAGCUGGAAGGGCAACCCUCAGAUGAGGAAGGGAGCAGACUGGAAAGUGAUUUCUUCAAACUAACACACAAGGAUAAAGGUAAAUCCACAAAAGAUGGAUGUGAUGAAUAUAAGGAUCCAAAUCUGUCCUCUAGUGCUACAGAACAUCAGAGAGUUCUCAAGGGACAGAAAUUUUACCAGUGUGAUGAAUGUGGUAAAGCUUUUAAUUGGAGUUCACAUCUCAUUGGGCACCAGAGAAUCCAUACUGGAGAGAAACCCUACGAGUGUAAUGAGUGUGGGAAAACUUUCAGGCAGACCUCUCAGCUCAUAGUUCAUCUCAGAACCCAUACAGGGGAAAAACCCUAUGAGUGCAGUGAGUGUGGAAAGACUUACCGACACAGCUCCCAUCUUAUUCAACACCAGAGACUCCAUAAUGGCGAGAAACCAUAUAAAUGCAAUGAUUGUGGAAAAGCUUUCAACGAGAGUUCCAAGCUCUUUGACCAUCAAAGAACCCAUACUGGAGAGAAACCUUAUGAAUGCACUGAGUGUGGGGCUGCCUUUAGUCGGAGUAAAAAUCUUGUUCGACAUCAGGUACUUCACACUGGUAAGAAACCUCACAAGUGUAGUGAAUGUGGGAAAGCUUUCUGUUCUAAUAGAAAUCUUACUGAUCAUCAGAGAAUCCAUACUGGCGAAAAGCCUUAUGAGUGUAAUGAAUGUGGCAAGGCCUUCAGUCGGAGUAAAUGUCUUAUUCGACAUCAGAGUCUCCACAGUGGGGAAAAACCGUACAAAUGCAGUGAGUGUGGCAAAGCCUUUAGUCAGAUCUCUCAACUUGUUGAUCAUGAGCGAAUUCAUACUGGAGAAAAACCUUUUGAAUGUAAUGAAUGUGGUAAGGCGUUCAGUCUCAGUAAAUGUCUUAUUCGACAUCAGAGACUUCACACAGGUGAAAAGCCCUAUAAAUGCAACGAGUGUGGAAAAUCCUUCAAUCAGAACUCCUACCUCAUUAUACACCAGAGAAUUCACACUGGUGAGAAGCCUUAUGAAUGUAAUGAGUGUGGAAAGGUCUUUAGUCAUAAUUCUAGCCUUAUGGUUCAUCAAAGAACCCAUACUGGGGAGAAACCCUAUAAAUGUAGUGAUUGUGGGAAAGCCUUUAGUGACAGCUCACAGCUCACUGUGCAUCAGAGAGUUCACACUGGAGAGAAGCCCUACGAGUGUAUUGAGUGUGGGAAAGCCUUUAGUCAGCGUUCCACUUUCAAUCACCACCAGCGAACUCACACUGGAGAGAAGCACUCAGUUCUGUCUCGCUCAGUUAGUUAAGACAUUCUCCAAAACAAAGCCAGAAACUUGAGUUAAAUUCAUUGUUUUUGUAAGAAAGAUGCUCACCCUGAUCUCUUGGUAUCACUGAUGAACAGCCAUUCCCUACAUUCUGCUGGGUCAUAAAGUUGGGAGAGUCACAGUGCCAUCAGUCCCCACUAUCAGGGAAGUAAGAAUGACAGAUUUCAGGUAGUUGUAGGUUUCCUUCCUUCUCUCUCUCUUCAAAAAUAUAGCUCUGGUUUUUGAAUCCCAUAGUCAGAUUGCGUGCUUGUCAAAGACAGUGAUUACAUGCUUCUUUUCUAUUGCAGCUAAUUCAUUUCACAUUUACAUAAAGUUACUCUGCAGUGCUCUGAUACUUACCUAUCUUGGCCAUGGCCUUUUCAAAAGUUCUGUUGUGAUCUAGAUCCUCAUCACUUGUAUUCCCUACCUAGAAAAGCUCUUCUUAUUUGUUAAUGUUGGCCUCUCAGACCCUUUAAGAUGCAGCUCAUCUCAGAAAGACUUUCUUCUUGAAAUGCUUUUCCUUCCUCUUAAACUUCUGUUGAUUUGACCUCAUGCUUCAACUUACUUUGUGCUGUAAUUUGCAAUUGUUAUUAAAUUGUCUUGACAACUAUUCUCAAUGCGUAUGUGUAUAGUUUCAUACCAAUUUAAUGUAGGCUGUUUGAGGUCGGGUAUGAGAUCUUUGUCUUUUAGCACAUAGACAAUUCUCAUAUACUAGUUGUUUAAUAAAUAAGUUUUAAAAAUUCA